AUGAGGAAGCAACUUUCCUGCAGCUUUAAUCCCCUCAUCAAUUAUAAGAGUUCAUUGUCUGAUGUUUUGGGGAAAUAUCCACCAGUGGGACACGGAUACGACACUCUCCUAGUAUCCAGAAGCCAAGUACGGAGUCAAUCUACAUGGAUCCCUCUGACAAGGCUACUGCCGCAGACUCCUACCUCAACUUCCCGUCCUGACCCACUUGGUGGGUAUCCAUUUCCGAUUCCCGACACAAUUCAGGGAAAGCUCUCAAGGCAAGUGCAACGAUGGACUCUCCCCGAUGCCCAUAUGGCUAGCCGUUCUCCACUUAUGGGCCCUGCUCUUGGCGCCCUACAAGAAACCCUGGAACAGCCCCUAUGCAGGGUUGACGGGCGUGAUGUGAAGGCUAGGCUUCUAUGCCAUGGGGAUGACCCACCUUGCCUUAGAGUUCAUAUAUUCAAGGCGUCCAUAACAUGGGGAGCUUUAGCCAUGUCGUUCCCUUCUGACGUGAUUGCAGAAAAUUAA